AUGCCAUGCCUGUCGUCCCCCACUACCUUACACAUCGGGACGGUAGACCCGGCACACUCAGCUACCGCAAUGGUCGACGUAGCUGUCUCCAAACUCGACAUACUCCCGCUGGACCAGAAAUCGCAGUCUCCUUCUGGCAUGAAAUCCGAAAGGGAUCGGACAUUUGGUACUCACCUACACCACGCGAAGCCCACACAUCCGGGCACGCACUACACACACCGCGGCAACAACAACCGCGCCCUUAUUGCCUCCACUGUUGUGCACAGCGCCGACCGGGCCCAGCUCCCACAUGCACACCAACCUCCCCCACACGCCACAUCUGCCUGUUAUGCCUGCCACCGCAUCGCGGACACUACCGUCUGUAUGGACUGCGGGCAAUGGCACCAUCCUGCCUGCAUUCCACACUGCCAGGUGGUUCUACGCCACUCCACCCCUACGUACGGCCUCCACACCAUCCCCCUCCUUGCCGCACGUACACACUCCGUCGGUGAUGGCAGCGUCACAAACCAGGACAAACCAGUAGCCCACGGCACAUGGAGCUACUUGGGCCGAGACGGCACCACCCUUGUUGGGUAUGUUCGUAUACACCCAGACCACAUCACCCCCACACGCUGUGAAAUCCACAGCCUCUUGGCGGGUUUGCACCACUCUGGGGAUACAGUCCUCCAAAUCUGCGACAACACCACCCGCCACAUGCAGGCCGCAUACUGGUUCGUUGUUCCCGACGGCUCCCCGGACCAUACGCUGGUAGACAGCCUCCCGAUCACAUGGUUCCUUACCAUACCCUCGGGCCAGAUCACCUACGCAACCCCUCCUCCAUCCACCACGUUUCCACCCCCCAAUGCGGCAAGCGCACCACUAGCAACCCCGUUCCCGUCCACUUCAGUUUCCUAA